UACGUGCGAAAAUCAAACAGCGAGCAAGAAAAACGACUUUCAUGAAGAGCUAUUAAGCGACACAUAUACGAAAGGGUUUGUUUACGUACAAUGUUUCAGUAACGGGGAGUUCAGGAUUUCAGUGUAGCCCCGACACUCGCCGUGACACGACGUCAGCUGAAAAACCGCUUAAGUGUCGCGCAAAAAACGCCGACGUAUUUUGCUAAAACAUUUUAUCCCUUUACUGAUAUUUUCGUGUUUUCAUAAAAUAAAUGAUAAAUUUAGUGAUUUAGGUGUUUAAAUGUGUGUAGUUGAGGAUGUUAUUAUGAACUUGGCAAGCAAGGAGCAAGCUUAUUGGUUGCUGUAAGAUUUCAGUGAUGCAUCGCAAUGUACGGUAACUGGAGCGCGGAGGGAGCGGUCGGGGAUCGGACGCCGGCCCAUGUCGCCGUGCUGAUCGUGCUCUAUGUGCUAGUGUCUGUCAUCGGCAUUAUUGGUAAUGUGAGUCUAAUGGCAGCAUUGGCGAGUGGCGGCGCGUCCAGAUUGCGCACACCGCAAUUACUAAGCGCAUGCGCAGCCGACCUUUUGGUGUGCGCAGCCAGCGCACCACUGGCUGCGACACGAGCUGUGCAUCACCAGCAAUACCCGUGCCAUGUUACAUUUUAUAUUGAGUCGUUUCCUGUGGCGGCCAGCACUCUAUCCCUGGUUGCCAUGGCAGCGGACCGAUGUGGUGCGGUGAGGCGCGGUCGCGGCUCUUUAUGUGCCAGACCUUUCCUCGCUGUGGCCGUCGUUUGGAUAUCCGCUCUCAUACUUGGUGGAGUGACCGUAUUAGCGACGUGUCUAUCAUGCCCGCCGCUGGCCGCGGUGCACGCAGUAGUUACAUUCUGCGUGCCAGUGAUUGCAGUGACAAGAUGUCAUUGGGGUGUCCGCGUGAAGCUGACUGCUCUGUCACUCACGGCGCGGGCAGCGCAUGGAGAAUUGCCCCUUCCAGUUCCUUUGAUUCGACGACCGACACAUGUGAUUAUCGUUGCUGGCGUCGGCCCUAGGGAGAGACGAGACGCAGUUGACGUCGGUGACGUCAGAUCCAAGAAACUGCAGCCGAGCCUCCUCGGUCCACAGCCGCAAACGUCAACGCUUCGAUCACGUAGAAGAUUGGGAAACGUCCUCAUAGGGAUCGCUGCUAUUUUCGCAGCCUGCUGGUGUCCUUUUGCAGCCAUAGUGAUAUUCAGCGCGUUCGGUCUAAAUGCUCCCUUAGUGAUAUCCCAGUAUGCCUUGUUAUUAGGCCAUGCACAUUCCGCUAUGAAUGCCGCAGCUUAUUGGGUAUUAAAUAGACAUGCGCUGACUGCAGCUUGUGCCGCAUGGCGUAUUCCUCAGUUGAGAGUAAGGGAAGAAAGGCCUUCAUCAACAAACGAGGCAGCGUUGGGAGCGUUCCACCCUCGCCUUGCUCGUCCUGCGCCCUCCCCGCGGCCCCCUCCUUCCAGUUUUCUCUAUUGAUACUAUUUUUCUAAACUCUUUGAUCUGUGAUUCCUGUCUUUCAGUGCCUCGUAUAGUCUACUCGCAUGAGCGUGCUCUAUUCAUCGUUAUUAAUAUGGUUGUAUAAGAUUUUAUGGAGAAUAAUAUCCGUGAAGCA